AUGACCUGCAACAGCGACAACGGCACUGCAACCAAGAGGGCUCUAGCACACAAUACUACAACAGAGCCAUUGUCUACCGCUAGGACAGCAUCGUGGAUGGCUCACAGCGCUGUACAGAGAGAGUCGGCUGGUGCGGAGGCACGCAUGAAGGUCAUAACGGCGGCCGUGGUAUCUUCGCCGCCGCCGUUGCUGACGCACGCGUUGACUAGCGUACCCUCUGCGAUCGCUUGCGCAUCUUCAUGUAGUGCUCUCACCUCCAGAGCAUGUGCCAGCGGGGGCACCGACACCGCCGCCUCGCGUGUCCCUCGCACCUCACCCUCUUCAGCUCCAGUGGCCAGCAGCGACAACGCCACGCCGUGGUCGACGACGUUUCACACGGACGCCACGCGCGCGUCAGCGGCAGAGGCAUACUGGGUUCCCUAUGACGUCUAUCUCGCUCUCUCGGCCCCGCUGCUGCGAGAGCGCGCCUUGCAAGACUGCGUUGCGACGCUGUGUUGUCCAAUGACACAAUCGGCGGAGGGCCAGUCGCGACUCGUCAAGAUUGACAGCAUCUUCUCUUUCCUUCUCCAUGGCAAUGCAGUGCUGCCGCCGAUUGCCUCUGCUGCCGCGGUGGUGGCGCCGGUCUCGACGUCCCAGUCGCCCAUGCAAUCUUCGUCGUUGCUUCAUCGGAGCGAGCAAGGCUCCCGCAACGGCAAAGCCGAACUCAUCUCCUUCCCUCUUUUCUGCGUCCUCAGCGCAAAGCUGUGCACCGUGUCGCGACGCACUCGAUCGAUCUGCUCCAUCCACACUCCGGAGGCUCCCAUUGGAGUACGGCUCGCCAUGCACCCGGAUCAGCGCGGUGACUGUGGCAGCUGCAGCCGCCACUGUAGUAACAGAACUGAUUCGACGUAUCCUGCUGUCCAGCAAGAUCUCGCGGCCAAACCUGGCAGCGAUGCCGGGGCGGCGCCACCUCGACACGACGGCGGCAGAGACCAUGUGCUUCUCCUCUUUGCCGAGCAGCUGAUCAGCGCCCUUCCAGGGUUUCCUGUUGCGCUUCUGUACACGACAAGCCCGACCGGCGCUGUCGUCUCGGCGCCACCAGCGGAGGCUUCAACCUUCUGGGACAGCUGGCAGAAGACCCCACGUGCUGUGCGCCGAAGCGUUUCGUACGAGCAUAUAUGGAGUGUGGUGACACUGCGGAGGCUGGUGGCAAUGCUGCAGCGUUGGGGCGUGGCCCCGGCGGCGGCGAUGCGUCGGCUCUGCGUAGGGCCGCACUGCUCUUCUACCUCGCCGCUGCAGCCGACAGGAAAGCCUCACCCGCUCUAUACCACGAUGGACAUUGCACAUGGGCAAGGAGAGGAGGCGAGGACAGCGGCAACAGUGCGGGAUACUACGUGUUCUUUGCGUCGACUCCAGUUACCUUUGGCAGAGCCCAGCUCUUCCCUCCUAGAGAGUCCGCCUCCCAUGCCGACGGCCGCGUCCUCGCAGCUGACGAGGGUGAGCGUGAUGGAGGCGCCACAGCACAUAGUGGGCAGCAGUAGUAGUGGCAGUGCUGCGUGGGAUUCCUUGUCGUCAGACGCCGGCGUUGUGCCGCACAGAGGCAUGAGCACGCCUGCGAUGCAAGGGACCGAAGCAGCUGUGCGGGCGCCGGCGACGCCGCUGAAACGCAGAAGGCGUGUGACAGCUGGCGAGUGUGGUACCUGUGGCGUCAUCACACCUCGUUCGCAAGACGUCCUGCUCAGCAGCGGUGAAAAGGAUGACGCAGGUGACCCUGUGCACCCGUACAGGGCUGUAGGCGCGCCAGGCUCCGUCAACGCGGCACCAGAAGACAACCGCGGCCUUUAUGGUCAGGUGCACCUGUAUGACAUUCCUUCGCCGCCGCCACCGCCGGCUGCCUCGUCCGUCACGACGUCUGCUGGUGGAGCCACCCUUGUGCAGCGUGCCGUGUCGGGGACGCCGCUGACGGAGAGCAGCAUCGCACUCUUCAACACCAGGCGCUUCCGAUACCCGGAUGUGCUGCAGCCACCGUUGCGGUUGCGCCUGCACACUUCUUCGUUCCUGGAGCGCACCAACGGCCCCGUUCGCGCGACGAUGGGUGGGGCAAUCCUGUCUGCGCCUCGCUGCCCAGGUGCACCGAAGCUCGUGACCACCGUGUCAACCAACAUGCGCUACAGCUACAGUGGCGCGUUAGCGCAUCCUUACGAGGUCUCGGCGUCAGAUAAAACGCAGCAAUCGGGGAACCGUCAUCGGCGAAGGCACAGUGGCAGAGGUAGCCGCCUCAUCCAUCAAGGCGAUCAUCGUCGAGACACGAAUGUGCGCGAUGCACCAGCGGAGCUUGCUGAUGACCCCGGUGAUGUCGAGCAGACGGGAGAGGUGCGACAGGUCUCUGCCCGCCAACGCUCAGCCGAUGGCUUGUCCGAUCGUGGCAGGGUUUUAAGCAACGCAGCUGCACCAGCGCUGACUCCAACGCCACCCACUCGAAAUGGGAAUGACUGUUGCCUCGGUGCCCGGGAGCGCACGGUGCAUGUGAACAGGUACUUGCAGGUCCUCAUGAGUGCUGCGGCGCUCCGGCGCGCGGACCCGUCGCCGAUAGCGGUUGAUGAUUUUCCGCAACAACAGCAGCAUGACACAGCUCAUCGAUACAGCACCAGCGACUCUCUUGCCACGGCAGCAGGGGCGACUCCGUUGUGCGUCGCCAGCAGCAAUAGUGGCACUGGCAGCAACACAAAGAACAGCCUGAAUCGUAGUCGUGAGAGCGGGGGCGGCGGCAUGGCCAUGCCGCCGCGUGCGCCAGUGCCGCCACCGCCACUCCAGCAGCAUCAGGUGUACCUCUACCCAUCCCCUCACGCGAACAUCCUGCUCUGCCAUCAGAGCACCAUCAGCACCCAGUCGAGCUUCACCCCCAGCUCCGUGACUGCAGGCACUGUCUCCGUCGCACUCAGUGGCCACGCGGCGAGUGUCUCUGCAGAUCACGAAAGCAAGCAACUCUGCGGCGACGGCAAUACCGAUAGAAGGGCCGGGGCUGACGAGGCGCCGUCGACGUUCGUCGGGGCUUCUAAGAUUCCCUCUAUGACAGCCUCGUCCGAAGACUCGCUGGCUUCUUCGGCCGACGCCGCUGGCGCGCUACCCACUGCGCAGGUCUCGCUUCACCCGGAAGCAGCGUCGUUGUCGAGAGUAACGAAUGCAAGGACGCACAACGCUGCCGGAAACGGCAUAGGGGACUCGCCAUCGACGCGUCUCACGCCCUCCCCGCUACGAAGCAUCUUUACUGGGCUGCGGGCGUUGCUGCAGCUGGCCACUCUGCCGCCGAUGCAGGCGUGCCGCUUUCCUCAUUGCGACUCGAAGUCUGCGGGACCGCCACUGUCGCCUUGCUUACCAGAGGACAGGGCUCUCCGGCCGUGUGUCCACGCGCCGCCAGAGCUGAGUAGCCCCCCGCUGGCCUACUCUUCUCACCUGACGCUGUAUACCGCGGCAGACAGCCGCCGUAGCGGAGGCUACCGCAACCCUAGCGCCACUGCGUCUCCGCCUCCGUCCGAUGCUCUUUUGCCGCCGAGGCAGCGCUCACUGACACCGCGCGCAUCAUGUGAGCGGUCCGCGUUGUGUUUGGUCGCCGCUUCAUCGGAAGAGAACCUGUCGCCGCUGCUGAGGCGCGACCACGGCAGUGUCGUUAGCCAUUCUGCCGUCGCGAGCGCGUCUGCGAGGCCAUUGGCGCUGCCAAUGAGCGGCUUCUCCGCUGUUAGGGGUUGCAUCGCCGACGCGUGGACCCUCAGCCCAAACGAGGGCGGCCACGGUGCGGAGUGUCGACUCGUCACAGAGCCCGUGGUCUCGGUCGAUCUGCGGCUUCGCGCGGCAGCCCGUAAACACACCGAUGACGCACAGGCUGUCACCGCGCCGGGGGCUGCCGGAUAUGAUCGCGCCGCUGCACUGGCCUUAUCCACUGCUGCUCCACUGGUGUCUCCGGGCUGCCAGCCCAGCACGGCUUCUUCGCGCUUGAGUCGUCGCUUGGCUGAUGCUCUUGUUGACUCCACCUUGCACGAAGGCGGCGGGUGGCCGUCUUUUCUGCCACUGUCCCUCUUGAGGCCCACUCUGACCGUCGCGACGCAGUUUCCGGGUGACGCAGGUGGGGUCAGGGGGGCCGUUCCACCACCCUCCAACUCCGAGUCUGGGCUCCUCUCGCGGUGGAUCGACACCGCCGAGCUGUUGAUGAACUUGGUGGCGUGCGUAGUGCAGGCGGUCGGGCGCGGCUACGUAGCCCGCCGUGACCUUCGGAGGCUUUUUCGGCGGCCGUCAAGUAGCCCCGCCGAGCGCGCUGCCGUAUCAAUGACGAUUGCUGCCGCAACACCGGGCGUGACGCGCUCGCCUCACCACACGUUAGUCACACCCGACCCAUCGUUGCCCUCGUCUCCCACUGUUUCUGCGAGCGCGUUGCCUGCCCCUCCCAGCGUUCGCCAUCACGGGGUGGCCACACCGAAGACCACCAAAGCCUUCAGUACCGAUCAUUUUCCGGGGUCACGUAGGCCCAGUGCGUCGACGCUGAUGGCGUCUUUGAGCCGGGUUCUGGCGACGCAGCCGCCGCAGGGCUGCCCACCGCCGCCGCUGCCUGGGUUCUCGACUUCACUGACGUUCCCGAUCAACGCCACCGCAGCGAAGGCGUCCACGACUCCCAGCAGUGACGUCCAUGUGUCGGCACGCGAUGUCUCGCUGGUGGCGACGACGACGCCCAAUUCGUCAUUGCAACGGCACAACGCCGCUUCGCAGACGCCGUCAAUACCAAGCAAGAUCCCUACUUUCUCGUCUCCCGCCGCUGACGCUACGUAUACCUCUCCCAACAACCUCUCCAGCUUCUCUGGGCUGAGACGGAGGCGACCCACCUGCUCCUCGGCCACGGCCUCGCCGAAAAAAUUGCUGGCGUCGCCUCUGCGGCACCUGUUUGUCAUGCACGGCCUACCGAGCAGUUCCACUAGCGAGGAUUCCGGCACCUGGGCACCUGCGCCAAGCGUCGAGGCGGCCGUGUCAUCGGCUGCCUCGUCUGAUGAAGACGACACCGCUGCUGCGGCGGACGCGGGUGCAUGCCCGUCCGUUGAUCCAGCGACACUCUUGCUGACCAUAUCCAAGUACACCGUCUCCGCUACGCCUGAUGCUGUGCCACAGGGGCAGAGUAGCGACGCGAGGCGCGGCCACGAGCCGUCGAGUCCGAUCACUCCUGAUGACAGCAACGCAGGUGGCGAACCGAGCGGCGGCGCAGUUGCACCGGCGCGUCCCGCUGUCGCUGAGCCCCUGGGCUUGUUUGCCCCGCCAUCGUUGCUGCGUCUCGCCACGUCGCUGCAGGCGCAGAGCAGCACCGAGGACGCUGCCUCCACCGCCUUCCGCGAAUCCACGGAGGAGUGGAUGAGCAUGAUGCAGCAGCAACUUGCACUCACCUUCAGCUGCACUGUUCCUUUUCUCGAUCAGGCUGUUGUGAAAGGGCCGUCGGCGAGCACCAUAGGGAGUAGUACCUCGCAGGGGCUAAUCUCGCCUGAUGGGGCGCGGAGCUCGUCGUGUCGGUUGUCGUUGUCGGCCGAUGAGCACGCUACCCCCAUGAUGGAGGAGGCUCUGUUGCAGCUGCAGCGCAUUGGUCGCGGGUGUCUCAUCAGGCGGCAGUGCAAACAGCGUUACUGGAAGCGACAAGAAGAGUCCCUCGACCUUCUUCACAAACGAGUGUGUCUGUACACGCCGGUGCUGUCGCCAAGUUUGACGUCGGUAGAAGCGGAUGGCGUGGCCGACGGGUUUGGAGGCGGCAGCGCUACUGGUGGGGCUUCGGUUGUACUGAGGGGCAUCACGGGCCUGCGCUCGGCCUCCUCCUCGUACCAGACAAGUGAUCAGACGCGCUUGACGGCUUCGCUGCCGCAGAGCAUGCCAUCGCCUUUUGGGGCCAGUCAGCCGCUCGUGACGCUGAUGGCAGGGCAACACUGCCGUAGCCCGGUCGGCAGCCAAUAUUUCACAGACCUUGCGCUCCCCGCCUCCCUGCUCUCGCAGAGAGAGCCAAACCUCUCUGGGUCUGAAGACGUGGUGGGCAUCGUUGGCGACAGCACCCAGCUGGAAGACGAUCACAGCACCGUUGCCGCGUUGCGCGGCAAGACCAUCAGGAUGUUUGUGUCCCCCAACAGCGCAAAGUACAUUGUUUCGCCAGCCCUUGUGUCCCCCACGUGGAGGUCCAGCGUGUUGUUCACCGAUCCGCCGUCGCACAUGCUCAGCUCGGGGUCACUGAUGAGUGAGCCAAGAGGGACAGCUGAUGUCGCUGAGCGCGGGACUGCGGCAGCGAGUGGGGGUGUCCAGGAGGCGAGAGCGACUCAGGCGGAUCGUGGAAGCCUUCCCUCAUCUGCUCCCCCUCCUGCCGCAGUCACGGUGGCUGACACUGACAGCGGCGAUGACGACGCUGCUGUGGCGUCUCCUCUUGCACCGACGCUGACUGUUGUGCUUCCCAGUUCUUCUGCAGCUGUGUCCGUGGACACCAUAGACGCUGCGAGGAAAGCACAGCCUCCCAUCGGCAGAGCACCUUCGCCGCUACGACCGUCGUUGCUGUCGCCACCGUCGCUGCGCGUGUCCUUCUCACGAGAUUCCUACUUGCCCUCGGCGAAUCCUGCUACAAUGAAGACGUCCGUUUCUGCUGCUGCGGCUGUUGCCGCAGUGACCAGCGCAGUCGGUACGUCGAUCUCUGCUACCAUGAGCGCCAGCAGCUCCAGGCAAGCAUCGCGCAGUGAGGGGGCCUACUCGAUGCGGUCGCCAUAUCGCAGUCCGCCGUCACCGUUCAUUCUGCAGGGCUCACCGCAUACCGACAUGGCCGUUGCUGCGGUGGACGGCAACGAUGCCAGCUGCUGCCGUCUACCACGACGACGCCUUCUCACCUCUGUGCCUAGAGCGGAGCUCUCUCCGAUGGAGGGCUCCAUCGUCGCCAUGAGCGGCCGCAGUGCUCGCUCCCUCAACAGCAUAAACUCCCUCCCUUUCAAUUUCAGCACCACUGCGAACACCACGAGCGUCACCGCGCAGAUCUUCAGCACGUCCCUGCCGGAGGGCAUGACCCCAGAGCUGUGGGUGCUGGACGGCGUCGAGGAGGCCGCCAUAUCCUCUUCAGUCUCGGACGGCAGCGAUGACGACGACGCCGACGAUGACAACGAGGGCGACGCGUUCAAGGAAGAUCUCAUCUGUGUCGAGGGCGGUGCUGAACCGGCGUGCUUCGUGGCUGCGGCACAGGUUCUAGGGCGCGAAGCAGGUCCGCCGUUGAUGUCGAAAGCGCUGCUGCUACUUCAGCGGAUCGGACGUGGCUUCCUGUGCCGCCGGCACCAGCACUUCCUGUUCAUGGUGUCUAUCUCGUGGACGGAGAUGGCGCUGAUGCAGCGUGUGGCGCUCGGCUUUCUGACGCGACGGCGCAUGGGCUUAGACUUCUUCGUGCACCGCGAGGUGAAGCGUCGAAUGGCGUACUGGGAGCUGCGCCAUCGAUCUGCCGUGCGGAUGCAGAGCGUCGUGCGCGGUUUCAAUGCGCGCCAACGGGUAAAGAGACUGCAGAGGCGGGUGCUCACGCGCGUUGAGCUACGCACCGCCCUCGAGCAGCAAAACACGGACGAGUGA